AUGAAGACCUUCUUCUUGCUCCUUCUCAUUUCUCUAAGCCUAGCAGCAAGCACCACCACCGUCUUUGCGCAAUGCAACAAUGAUGUUCAAGGAGAGGGUACUACCACCAAAGACCCACUUAUUCCUCCUCAUACUGGUUAUGAGCAAUGCCCAGAUGAGACUAUAAAGAAGCUGGACGUUUGCCAGGAUUACAUGACGGAUCGGUGUAUACCGGGCCGGGACUGGAGAUGGCGGAAAAGCUGCGAGAAAGUGCAGAGCAUGUGCUGCCAACAGCUGGCGGAGACGCCGCAACAGUGCCGCUGCAAGACUAUCUGCAAAGGAUUCCAGAACGAGCUCGGUUUUCUACUGGAACAUGCUGACCUGUAUGUUCGCUCUUACUGGCAAGGCUAUGUUGCCAGUCUGACGAAGAAGGCCCAGAGCCUUCCCUCCGUGUGCAACAUGACCCCAAGCUCCUGCAACCUUCCCACCACUGCCACCGGUGGCUGCUUCUGA